AUGGGCAUUUUGUCAACUCCGAUUUCCACACACAUUCGGCCAUCCUCCUUGGCUUCUGUGAAUCCGCGAGUUGCCAUGUCUGCCCCUUUUUGCCGGAACCUGAUGUCGCGCCGGGCAAUCAAUGUUGCUCCGACGGUGAAACAAGUCGCUAACGGCACACCCAUUGUACCAGGUCUGAACCUGCGCGUCGCUGCGCCUUCAGACUCCCAUGGACAUGACCACGGCCACUCAGGUCCCCGUUCUGACAUGGGCACCAUGCCUUCCUGGACUUCCAAGUCUCUGUUCCGCCGUCACUCGCUCCUUUCUCGCAUGGCUGUCAAUGCCAAUGUCACUGGCACUGGCACGCAGGUUCGUGGUUUCUCUUCCUCAGCCCGUUUUCUUCAGGCGCCAGACUUUAGCGAGACCCGUGUGAAGAACCCCGAAGUGCACCGCGCUUUCUCCUACUUUAUGAUCGGCACCUUUGGUGCUGUGUCGGCAGCCAGUGCCCGCUCGACAGUCACAAAUUUCCUUUCGACUAUGAGUGCCUCUAGCGAUGUGCUUGCCCUUGCUAAGGUUGAGGUCGACAUGUCUAACAUUCCUGAGGGUAAGAACGCUAUUAUUAAGUGGCGUGGCAAGCCUGUAUUUGUGCGCCACCGCACCCAAGCCGAGAUUGAUGAAGCCAACCAAGUUGAUAUGAGCUCGCUGCGUGAUCCAGAGGCGGACUCUGAUCGCGCAAAGCGUCCCGAGUGGCUCGUUAUGCUUGGUGUGUGCACUCACCUUGGUUGUGUUCCAAUUGGCGAGGCUGGUGAGUACGGUGGCUGGUUCUGCCCGUGCCACGGUAGCCAUUACGAUAUUAGCGGUCGUAUUCGCAAGGGUCCUGCUCCUCUGAAUCUCGAAGUGCCUGAGUACGACUUCAAUGACAGCGAGAACAAGCUUAUUAUCGGUUAA